AUUACAGGGAAUAACGAUGUCGAUAACCAUCAAAUCUGACAGGGCUCUAUAGAGAGAGAGAGGGGGGAAACGACCCUUGCCAACUCAGUAGUGGUAGUUUUGUAUGGCGAAGCAGAAGAAGAAAGCAAACCAAACCAAGUAACUAACCAGAUGGAGUAAGACUGCCACAAGUGUUCCUCUUUCUCCCACCAUAAAAUUGAUCUGCUCAACCCAACACAAAACAACACAACACAGCCCCUGUUUGGUUGAACGAGGAACAAAGCAAAGAAAAUGCCUCGCACUCUGCUGGUUCUGCUCCUUUUACUCUUGGGACCUCCCAUCGUGUCGUGUCUAAACCAAGAGGGCCUCUACCUCUACCAGUUGAAGCUAUCACUGGACGACCCUGACUCCUCCCUCUCCACAUGGAACAACCGCGACCCAACUCCGUGUAACUGGGCUGGCCUCACCUGCGACUCAACCAACACCACCGUAACAUCGCUCGACCUCUCCAACUUCAACAUCGCAGGCCCAUUUCCCGCUUCACUUCUCUGUCGCCUACCAAACCUCACCUCCAUAAUCCUCUUCAACAACUCCAUCAACCAAACACUCCCUCUCGACAUCUCCCUCUGUACCUCUCUCCUCCACCUCGACCUCUCCCAAAACCUCCUCACGGGUGCACUCCCCCACACCCUAUCCCUCCUCCCCAAUCUCCGCUACCUAGACUUAACCGGCAACAACUUCUCCGGCCCCAUCCCUCACUCCUUCGGAACCUUCCAGAACCUCCAAGUCCUCUCCCUCGUUAACAACCUCCUAGACGACACCGUUCCACCUUCUCUCUCCAACAUAACCACUCUCAAAGUCCUCAACCUCUCUUACAACCCCUUUCUCCCCUCUCAGAUCCCUCCAGAACUCGGCAACCUCACCAACCUCGAGAUCCUCUGGCUCAGUUCCUGCAAUCUCGUCGGUCCCAUCCCUCACUCGCUCGGGAAUCUCAACAACCUUCUCGACUUGGACCUCUCGUUCAAUAACCUCUAUGGCUCGAUUCCGAGUUCUCUCACUCGAAUGACCAGUCUGAAACAGAUUGAAUUGUAUAACAACUCGCUGUCCGGCGAGUUGCCUCGGGGAAUAUUCAACCUCACCGCAUUGAGGCUCAUUGAUGUGUCUAUGAACCAUUUGAGUGGCCCCAUUCCCGAUGAGUUGUGUCGUUUACCGCUUGAGAGUCUUAACCUUUACGAGAACCGGUUCGAGGGCGAGUUGCCCGCGAGUAUUGCCGACUCGCCCAACCUUUAUGAACUGAGGUUGUUUGGCAACAGGCUCGCCGGGAAGUUGCCGGAGAAUCUCGGCAAGAAUGCUCCGUUGAGGUGGCUUGAUGUUUCCAACAACCAUUUUUCGGGGGGGAUUCCGGCCAGUCUCUGCGAUAACGGCGAGUUGGAGGAGAUUCUCAUGAUUGAGAACUCGUUCUCCGGGGAAAUUCCGGCGAGUCUGGGCGCGUGCCAGAGUUUGAUGCGUGUCAGGCUUGGGUCGAAUCGGUUGUCCGGCGAGGUUCCGGCAGGUUUGUGGGGUCUUCCGCAUGUGUAUUUGCUUGAACUGGUGGAUAACUCGUUCACUGGUCCAAUCGCGAAGACCAUCGCUGGGGCGAGGAAUCUGUCGCUGUUGAUUUUAUCGAACAACAGUUUCUCGGGAGUGAUCCCCGACGAGAUUGGAUGGGUGGAAAAUCUUCAGGAGUUUUCGGGUGGUGAUAACAUGUUCAAUGGGUCGAUGCCUGAGACUAUUGUGAAUCUUGGGCAACUUGGGACUCUUGAUCUUCAUAACAAUAGGCUCUCUGGGGAGCUUCCAAAGGGGAUUCAAUCAUGGAAGAAACUCAACGAGUUGAAUUUGGCUGAUAAUGAGAUUGGUGGGAAUAUUCCUGAUGGAAUUGGGAGUUUGUCUGUGCUUAAUUUUCUUGAUCUUUCCAAUAACCAGUUUUCAGGGAAUGUCCCUCUGGGUUUGCAGAAUUUGAAGCUCAAUCAGCUCAAUUUGUCUUAUAAUAAACUUUCUGGAGGACUUCCCCCUCUGCUGGCUAAGGAUAUGUACAGGGAUAGUUUUAUGGGUAAUCCUGGUCUGUGUGGAGAUUUGAAAGGUUUGUGCAAUGGCAAAGGUGAUGAUAAGAGUAAAGGUUUUGUGUGGUUGCUUCGAACUAUUUUCAUAGUUGCCACUUUGGUGUUUGUCGUUGGUGUGGUGUGGUUCUACUUCAAGUACAGGAAUUUCAAAAAUGCUAGGAGAUCUAUUGAUAAAUCGAAGUGGACAUUGAUGUCGUUUCAUAAACUGGGUUUCGGUGAAGAUGAGAUCUUGAACUGCCUUGAUGAAGAUAAUGUGAUAGGAAGUGGGUCGUCGGGGAAAGUUUACAAGGUUGUGCUUAGCAGUGGGGAAGCUGUUGCUGUGAAGAAGAUAUGGGGUGGGGUCAAAAAGGAAUUAGAUAGUGGAGAUGUUGAAAAGGCUCAGUUUCAAGACAGUGCUUUUGACGCAGAGGUUGAAACUUUGGGCAAAAUAAGGCACAAGAACAUUGUCAAGCUGUGGUGUUGCUGCACUACUAGGGAUUGCAAGUUGUUGGUGUAUGAAUAUAUGCCGAAUGGUAGUCUGGGUGAUUUGCUGCAUAGUAGUAAAGGAGGGUUGUUGGAUUGGCCAACCAGGUAUAAGAUAGCUGUUGAUGCUGCAGAAGGCCUCUCUUAUUUGCAUCAUGACUGUGUUCCCCCAAUUGUUCAUAGAGAUGUGAAAUCUAAUAACAUCUUGUUGGAUGGGGACUUUGGUGCAAGAGUGGCAGACUUUGGAGUAGCUAAGGUUGUCGAAUCCACCGGGAAAGGAACUAAAUCCAUGUCCGUCAUAGCUGGGUCUUGUGGGUAUAUUGCACCAGAAUAUGCAUACACGCUUAGAGUGAAUGAGAAGAGUGACAUAUAUAGUUUCGGUGUUGUCAUACUUGAGUUGGUUACGGGAAGGCGACCCAUAGACCCUGAAUUUGGGGAAAAAGACUUGGUUAUGUGGGUAUGCACCACCUUGGAUCAGAAAGGCGUGGACCAUGUGCUUGACCCCAGGCUUGAUUCUUGUUUCAAAGAAGAAAUUUGCAAGGUCCUCAACAUUGGCCUCAUGUGCACUAGUCCUCUUCCAAUCAACCGGCCUGCGAUGAGGAGGGUGGUGAAGAUGUUACAAGAGGUGGGUACAGAGAACCUAACGAAACCUGCCAAGAAAGAUGGAAAGUUGUCCCCUUAUUACUAUGAUGAUGGGUCAGAUCAUGGAAGUGUUGCUUAAUUCAAGCUCUUCCAAAGGUUGGAUUAUAUAAUUUUUCUGAGAGGGAGGGGGAAGUUCCAAGCUUUUUCUUUGACAGGGCCAAAUUCCCUCCCAUGUUUUUCCGCUCAUGGUUUGCUUGACAAUAGUUGGCUAAAGAAAAGGGAAGAGAAAUUUUAAUUUUUUUGGGGCUUGAAAAUAGCAUCGUGACGACGAGUUCAUGUUUUUACCCUCUAAAGUUGGUCGACAUCUAGGCGCUUCCCUCUAAAUUUAAAUUGGCGUUUGCAUUAAUACCUCUCUUGUAUAAAUGAUAUUCUCACUGUUAAAAAGAUGUGACCAGUCUCUGACAUGGGUCAGGUGAAUUUUAGAGUUGUAAAAUCAGUGACUUUUAAAUUCCAAUAGAAAAUUAUCCCUAUAGUAGUUUCGGUUUAAUUCAAUCACUAAAUAGGAAAUGAUCACCAGAUCGGGAAUCUAUAUCUAAAUCAUGCUUAAAUGCUUGUAAUUUUCUGGAUGUUCCAACUUAAAUGCUGACUGUUACCAAAAAAUUUAUAUCUCACGGUGCUCUCAGGUAUGUGCUGGGUACAGCUAUCAGAAUUGAGUUAAUGAGGUGGUUAGGCAGGUUUUGUCCUUCGUGGGCCCUCGUUUAAUUGCAGGUUCCAUCUAUUUGUGUUAUCCACUGGUGGUCUAGCGAUGUUUCUGGCUCUGUGAUUAAUGAUGAUGGGGGUACAAGGAUAUCCUUUUGUAUUAUAAUCAGGGCAUUACAGUAGUUGUCUUUUUGCUGAAUUCAGCAGUGGAAUUUUGCCAAUUCUUCGCUAUUUCUUAUUCUGGCUGGUGGUUAUUUAUAAGAUAACCAUUCCAUUGUUUAAUUUAAAGAAUGGUAACUGAAAUUAUUGUAACAUAGACGAAAAAUUGUCUUUUGAGCUACACUUUUAAGUUGUCUGUAAAAAGUAGUUGUGCUAACCAACAUUGGAAUACGAUAUUGUUGCUGAAAUUAUUGCGUUUUUC